AUGGUGGUAAAGGCAAUUGCUGUGCUUCAUUUCGACCAAGCGUUCUCAGGGGGAACUCCAAAUAAGGUUGCAGGAACUGUUCUUUUUACCGAGAAUGAUGAUGGUACAGUUAAAGUCGACAUCGAUUUGAAAAAUUUGACUGCGAUAGGUGUGAAUAAGAAUGUCGGAUUCCAUAUCCACGAAUUCGGUGAUAAUACUGGUGGUUGUAUAUCAGCUGGUGGUCAUUACAAUCCUCAUGGCAAGAACCAUGGUGCACCGACUGAUUCAGAACGUCAUGUCGGCGAUUUGGGAAACGUUACAGUGAAUGCUGAAAGUGCUGUCAAGCAAACUCUUGUGGACAGUGUGCUUAAAUUGACCGGACAGUAUUCCAUCAUUGGUCGCACGGUUAUCAUUCACGCCGGCAUCGACGACUUAGGAAAGGGUGGCGCGAAGGAUUCUUUGCUCACCGGUAAUGCUGGUGCUCGUGUUGCCUGCGGUGUCAUUGAAAGCGUCUGCCAUAAAGUACCAGGUAUAGGGCCUGGUACUUCAUGA